AUCUUGUGUCGUUAUGGGGUAGUCUGGUCUUGCACCAGUGAGAGCCAAUUGACUACAGGCAGUGCCGGCUCGCGGGUGAGGAGCACCCAUUUUAGGUGUUCAACGUCGGCGAGGACGCGAAACGAAGAGGCAUGGCCGCGGGGGAGAUGGCGUCUGCCCUCGACGAGGCCCUGAGAAGCAACGGCUGGUUCGUUACCGGGCGAGUAGACGCCUCCCUUUUCAGCGAAGGCUUCUUCUUUUCGGACCCGCAGGUGUCCCUCACCGGGGUCGACAAAUACGCCGAAGGCGUGGCGAAGCUGUUUAACCAGGAAGAGUCCAGGUGUGACGUCAUUUCCACCGAGGUGGACGGAGAGGACAUUGUGGUGAACUGGCGUCUCUCCGGGCGGAUAAACCUGCCGUUCAACCCUCCCAUCAAGCCAUACAUUGUGACCACUACCUUCGAGAGAGACUCAGACGGGCUGCUGAGCACGCAAAGGGAUGAGUUUUCCAUCGCCGGCUGGGACAUCUUGCUGCAUGCCGUGUUUCCCGGUCACCCUUUCGGGGCCGACCCUGCCCCUCCCGUGCCCCCGGUCGCAUCGUGACGAUAUAGAUGCUUAUUUUGCCGCAGUGGAACACGUGUUUCUAUACGGCACCUGUUGGCACGACAGAGGCGUGGGCGCCAAAUAGAGGAUGCGGAGCUCUGCUCUGACUUUGCAGCAGUUUUGGCUUUUUUUGUUGGUUGGGGAGUGCCAGGUGCUGUCGUUGGGCAGAUUUUCACUGCGCUGUGUAGAAUGGGCAUCAGUUUUUGAAGGUCACCACAAACAAGUGUACACAAAGAAAGAGAUUCAAUCAUGCGCGCUCAAGCUUCCUAUCGAAGUAAAUCGACGCAGCAUUUCCAUUCAGUAGAACAUCGAAACGCCACAUGGC